GGAGCAGCGGUGUGAACUCCUCCGUCCUGAAGAUCUCAGCUUUACCUCUGACUGUUACACAGCACUCGCACUGGAGACUCCUUACACCGAGGCAGGGUGUUGGUUCGUUCCACUCGCUAUUGUUUACACCAGGAAACUUGCUGUCACGGAUACGAUGUGUUUUUCCUCGAGACUCUCCUCAUCACCGGGGCGAGACACUAAUCAGGCCACCAGAGAGCCGAGCGCGAGGCGGUGUGUCCUGGGGAAUCGCUGAAGCUUCACCAUCAACAACACCAGAGAAAAACACGGCGUAGUCCUGCACCAGAGCCGCCACGCUAAUGGAGCUAACAGGACUCGUUGGUCUUAGUGGUGUCCUCACCAUCCUCUCUGUCUUGUCCGGCUCUGAGGGACACGGCGACAGGUGCGAGUGUCCAUUACCCACCAUCACGGAUCAGUUUCCCUCCCAUUUCUCCAACGAGACCUGCUGUCUGAACUUUAGCGGAUCUUCUUUUCCACAUGUCUCCUGGUCUGCAUUAGGAUCCGCACGCAGCCUUCAGAUGCUAGACUUGUCCUUCUGUAACGUCACAUGGAUCCAGGACUUGGAUCCAGGUUCCACUCCUGCUUCCCUACGAGAGGUUUAUUUAAACCAGAACCAGCUGAGGUUCCUUCCUCGAGACUUCCUGGUUGAUGCUGUCGGUCUGAAGGUGCUGGACUUGGGGAAGAACUUUCUGGAAGAACUUCCUGCCCAUUUCCUAAAGAACUCCAAAAACCUGCAAGUUCUUAUUCUUAGUGAAAAUCAUUUGGAAUCACUUCCUGUCUCUGUCCUUAAUCGUCCCUUCCAACAGAUGGAUUUAUGGGGAAACCCGUGGAGAUGCACUUGCUCUUUUGUGGAAGAUCUCCACGGUAUCGAUCAGGGAAACUCCAGCAGGCUGCUGGGCAUUAUGGGUAACCUGACAUGUUCCUCUCCUGAAAGCCUCUCCGGCAGGACAGUUUGGUCCAUUCAUGUCGAUGAGGUUUGUCGUCUUUCAGGUCUCAACGCUCUCUUCAUCCUGCUCCCGCUUCUCCUGCUCGUUGUCCUGACGCUCUGCUGGUGCUGCGGGAGGAAAGAGGAGAAGAAAGACUCGCCAAAAUUUGGCCUAGUGCGUACAAAGAACAGAGAUUUAAGCAAAGAGAGCGCAAAGGACAACAUGCUGAAGAACCAGCUGAUAUUCAGACCUUCAUCAGCUCUUCUGGGGAGCACCAGGGACAUCUAUGAAGAAGUGGAGAUCAAACUGGGAUCAGUGGACUCUCUGGGACCUCCACCUUCCACCACGUCUGGUAAAGAAGAGAACCAGGAGCUGGCAGGUAAACAGGAUUUGGAAACGGUGAGCGUGAGCGAGGUAAUGAGGGACUCAGCAGAUCGAGAGAAAGCCUACAUGACUCAGUCCACUAAGUACUACAGCCUGGUCCCGGGGCUGGAAAUCGACGACUCGGACCACGGGGAGUACGAGAACGUGGACCUGUCAUGAAGUUCACGUUUAGAUAACCUCGAGUGGACAGUGGGUUCAUCCUUGAGGAUCUGAAGCUGAAAUGAAGAAAAAAUGAAGGACGCGCUGACAUCAAACUGGUUGUUUUGAUCUGUUUAUUUUUGUGGUCUGGGUUCACACACACACACACACAUACACACAGGCAUGAAAAAACCAAACUGUGAUGGAGAAACGCGUUUAAAGCGUUUCUGCGGCGCUACAGUGAGGACAGUGAAGACUCGGACGAUGGCGUGUUCGAGAGCGUGGGUUUGGCGUGAGCUCACUGGUCAUAAUGAAACGCUGGACAGGACACGUGAGACGUGAGGAAUGUGGAUUAAGCACGUUAACUAGCAGGUUCUUUGUGUCUCUCAGUGUAAAGAGUGCAGACACAGGGGUCAUUAUUCAGCGCGGGACUGUUCUCCAUCAGAGGAACUCCAUCAGAACUCACGUCUGUUCACCUAAUGAUAUUUCAGCUCCAUCUUCUUCAUCAUCAUCAUCAUCAUCAUCACGGCAGCAUUCGAAACCACAUACAGUAAUUCACUACAAACAUCUUAAAGACCAGUUCCAUUAAGUCUGAGUGAUUUGGAAUGAACACACAGACGUGCAGGAAGUAAAUGCACCCCUGUUGUCUGGAAUAAAACGUACGCACUGAGAUGUGUUAAAUGUAUGAGUGACUGCGGUGUAGAUAUUAAUAAAUUAUUAACUUUGUUAGCUCUCCUUUAAGAGCGACACCUGGCCCAGGUUCAUGAUGAGAACGUUGUUCUUCUGCACUGAUCCCAGAUCAGCAUGAAGACGUGUUUCAGAAAGCGUGCUGUGUCAGACUGAUCUACAACCUGAUCUGUGGAGCUCAGACAUCUCUGUGGAAUUGUCACGUGCAGAGAGAGACGAGAAUAUAUCAAUCUGAAAAAAAGCAAAGUAAAAGUAAUAAUAAUAGUUUAGUUUAUUACAUUUAAUUAUAAAAUGACAGGGGUGCGUUUACUUCUGCACAUCCAUGUGAAUGAUUUAAGUACAUUUAAGAACUUUUGGGUUCCUGGGCGGAGCAGCACCAGAGUGCUUCUAUUUAAAUCAUUUUCUGGACCUGAUGUGAUUAGUGUGUGUGUGUGUGUGUGUGUGUGUGGUUCCUGAGUGUAGAUUGCUUUUAUUUUUUUAUUUUAUUAUUGCUUUUUAUUUCUUUGAAGAACCUAAAACCUGUCAGGUGAUUCAAGUUGUCUGGCUCUGAGUGUUAAAGCAAACGGUUACGAUCAGUCGUAUUGUUACAGAUUGAAGUCUUUAAUAAAAUGAGAAAUUAAUGAUCAUGAGUUCUGUAUUCAGUAAAACUCUCAUUAGCAGAAUGUUCUCAGACUGGAGAGGAGCAGUGGUGCUCAGAUGUACCUCACCUAUCCUCUAACCACACCCCUGUGUCCCCAACAGUGGACUGUAGGACACCAUCUCUGUGCGAUUAUAGCCAAAGGAGCUGAUACACUGCUAGCUAGACGGCUAAUAAACCCAUGUGACCUCCAGCUCUGUGUUCCUGAUAAGAAGCUUUAACUUUACAGUUCUUUUCAUUAUACACUCACAGAUAACCGAGACUAAAAAACAUCUCCACACAAACUUAGAACCCGUGUUCUGGUCCAAACCCUGGAUCUAGUAAU